AUGACAGCCACCGUAUUAUUGGUCUUAUUUCCUUGCAUUUUCCUGCUGCGCAGAGUUUUUCGUCUGCCGCAGCAACCCAAUCCGUCAUUCGGCCGCGGUGGAGAGAGCCAAAGGGCGUGCGGAGGCAUGCCCAGCCCGCGCACGGUGCAGUACCAGUACCACCUUGUCCCCUCUCAUCUUACCGGCCAGGGUCAAGGCAUAAAAUUGGCUCCUCUACUUCAUAAUACCGGUACGGUGCAAACUAAUGCGACUGGGCAUCGUCGAAGAGAGAGGUCUCAACUCGAUGACUAUGACUAUCGGGGCUCUCCCGUCGCUUGUAUCCAUCUCAUUACCAUGUCUCGCUUUUUGUGGGGAUUGGGAUGGAUGCGCACUGCUUCCGGCAUUCCCUGUGCAAGAGAGUGUGCGCAUUUUGCGGCUCAAAACAGAGUCGCUGGGAGAGGAACAGACGACUGCCGGACGCAGCGACCCUUUCAGCUCGCCUGGCUAGUCCCUGGCAAGGCUAAAGCCAGCUUUGUUAUGAGCUGGACACAGCCUCAACAGCUGGGCGACAAGUACCAAGUAAAUCGGCUAGUUUUUGAAAAUUAUGCUUUCGGUGAGGCUCUGCUGCAAAUCGACGUCCCCGCAAUCAAUAAGAGGCAAGCCAAGCCAAACAAGAUGCAGGGUGCAGUGGCUCUAACGUUGUCACCAAUUAUUGGAUAUGACUCUUUUGUCACUCAACCAGCACUUCAAUUUGCUCUCUCUCCAAUAAGAGGCCAGCCGGCGUGCUCAGGCACAGAGUUGGCCCGGCAUGCCGCUUUUGUACCUCCUACCGGGCUUCAAGCGCCCCUCAACUCGUCCGCAAAAAGCUGGUACGAGCUGCAAGUUGGGCGUCGUUUGGCAUCUUGGCAACGGGCGAAUGCUAGCUUCCAGGCUAGUGGCCACUGGCCGCCGACACUCGUACGACAUCGGCUGCUUGGUCCACGAGGUAUGACUCGAGAUCCCACCACCAUGGUCGGGGGAAGACCAAAAAGAAGCGGUCCAAUGUCAUGGCCAAAAAACCCCCAGCAACCCAGCCCUUGCUGGUCCAUAAAUAUUACUCGACCUUGCUGGCUCGAAGCCGGAGCCGCUCGCGGGUUUUGCUGGCUGAUGAUCCCAGCAAGGCAGGCCCAGCCUGUUUCGUUCCCCCACGCGGAGAAGGAGGUUCAAGGCUACUUGGCUGAUGACUGGGGAAACUUGGCGAGCAAGCCACGACGCCAACCGCGGCAACCUACCUAUUUAUUUGGCAGAUGA